UGUAGUUCCUCGGCAUGGUCGCGGUUCGUCGCUGAGUGGUGCGAGUUAUUCGUUGUUAGUGGAAUUCUUUUAGUUGUUUUUUUUUUUAUUUCGUCGUCAUUCCGUGCCCUUUCGGUUCCUUGUAUUCAUGCAGCUGUACCCUUUGAUCUAGGGAAGUUACGAUCCACCCACGCACCGGCAGCAUAGCAAUUAGCUACAAUCAUGUGUUGAAAUCGUGUUGAAAACAAAGGUCGAAUGUGAUAUUCAGCGGAAAAAUAAACCCACGAUAAAAAAAAAUCAGCAAAGGUAAUAGAUGCAUGUGUGGGUGAGUGUGAAGGAAAAACGAGCACAUAAAAGUGAAAUGUGGAAACAAGUGCUACAUUAACAUAAGGCACUAAGCACUCUCAUAGAUGGUGAAGCAGAUAUUGCAAUAGUUUAUUGGCAACCGAAGAAAACUCCAAGAAGCGGCAAGCCUUCGAAGCCAUAUCGUGCAGCGGCUUGGUGCGGCGGGGCCUUCAGUGUUUUGUGGUGGUGCUCUUGCUAGGAAAUUUUUAGCGCUAAACGGUGUACCAACGAGGUUAGCUCGAAGGAAAACUAGUUUUUCCUCGCCAGUCGGCACAAUCGAAAAAGAAAAAAAAAUAGUGUAAUAGAAAAUAACCAACGUAACAACCGAUGUAGUGGCUCUGUGGUUUGUACUUGGUCGUAACUCGAGAAGUCAGAGUGCCACUUAUCGCGAAAUAGUGCAGCGUUUUUGGUGAAGAAAACAUCCGUUUGCGUGCGUGUCGUGUGCAUUGGAAGAUGAUGUCUAGCAAUGGAAAGCCGUUCUCGUUCGACAAGUCCGAGAUCAAUCCUGGCCGCGGGAAAGCAUCCGUCAAGCAUACCGUGCUGGACGUGGUGAUGUUUCUCCUAACGUCACUCGGUUACAUCUUGCAGGCCAUUUUCUUCGCACUGUUCGGCAAACCAAAGAAGGAUCUCCACGGCGAGCUGGUGCUGGUCACCGGCGGUGGGGGAGGUCUCGGUCGGAUGCUCGCGCUACGGCUGACCAAACUGGGCGCAAAAGUCAUAGUGUGGGACAUCAAUCAGGAUGGAAUCGACGAAACAGUCAAAAUCAUCCAAUCGAUGGGUGGUUUCUGCAAGGGAUACAAAGUGGACAUUUCCAACAAGGAACAGGUGUACAAAUCUGCCAACAUGAUUCGGGAGGACGUGGGUGACGUUUCGAUACUGUUCAACAACGCAGGCGUUGUUUCGGGCCGAGCGCUUCUUGACACCCCAGAUCAUCUGAUCGAGCGAUCUUUCAGUGUGAACAUUCUGGCACAUUUCUGGACGACAAAAGCCUUCCUGCCGUCGAUGUUGGAACGUGAUCAUGGCCACAUAGUGACGAUCGCCUCCUUGGCGGGCCAUGUCGGAAUCUCCAAGCUGGUCGAUUAUUGUUCGAGCAAAUUCGCUGCGGUGGGUUUCGAUGAAGCGUUGCGAAUAGAGCUGGAAUAUAUGGGAGCGCACGGUAUCUUCACGACAGUGAUCUGUCCAUAUUUCAUUCAAUCGACCGGAAUGUUUGAUGAUGUGAAUUCAAGAUGGGUCCCGACUCUCAAUUCGAACGAAGUGGCUGAUCAAAUAAUCGAUGCGGUGCGAAAGAAUGAAAAAUACGCAAUCAUACCCGGAUAUUUGCGACUCAUGCUUGCAGUAAAAUGGUUCUUCCCAUGGGGAUGCAACUCGGGCUUCCUGCGGCGACUAGUACCGGAUGCUACACCGCAGCAUGCGCUCACGCCAGUGCUAACUCCCAAUGGGACCAAGAUGAAUGGCAGUGCGCAUCCACUGUCUUCCUCGGAGGCGACGGACAACAACAACACCAAGGCUUCUCCGCUGUUGGUGCAUCGUUUGUCCACCGGAGAGCGCGUGUUGUAACCGAAUUUGGGGAGACGAUUUUUGUACACUUAAUAACUUACUUACCUACUUAUUUCCCACUGACUACUAACAUUGUACAUUGACAGGACUGAGAAAUUUUACUCUUAAUCAUUAAAACGUAAAAAGAAAUAACGGAAAACUGGUUUUCCGCUAGUGAUUAAGGAAGCAGUGAAAAACGAAACAUUUUUGAAAUAGUUUGGGAGAGGGGAGAACUUUUCAAUGUGAUUGUAACAUUUGUUUAAAAAACAGGCUAGGAAUAAGACUGGAUCAUUCCUAUAUGUGGUUUACAUUUUAUAGUGUGUUAAGUUUAUGUUUAAGAAAAUCCUGAGAAUCUUUUGUUCGUAUUCUCUCUCGAACGACUUGCCUUGUAUUGGAGAAAUAAACAUUCCUAUCGUCUACAGCAGACAACCGACGAAUAGACUUCGUAGCUAGAAUGCAAUACCUCCCUCAACCACUACACAAAAUGAAUGCUUUAUUUUGUCCUCCUCAGAUUGAAGACAAGAACGAAAGAUAAAAUCCGCACAGUGAACCCAGCUUGAAACUCAACAGAACAACUGUUUUAGUACAAUAAAAUUCAAUCAUUCCGAAUCAGA